UCUGAACAGAAACAUCCAGGAUCAAAGCUGCUGUGACGACGGAGAUGAAGGUUGAAACAGCAGUUUGCUGCUUGUGGUUUUCUGGUGAGUAAACAGGAUGCUGCAUGUGAAGCUGGUCAGUCGACCUUCAGCCACCAGUCGUGAUGGAGACACUUCUGCUGCCUCUCUUGCUGCUGAGCUCCAGCUGGACGUCCUGCCGUCCAGCAUCGUUGACGGUGACUCCCAGCUGGUCUCAACAUUUUGAGUACGAGCGUCUCUCCUUCAGUUGUCCGGGUGGAUGGACGGUGUGGAGAUACACCAACGAUGGUUCUGAUCUGUCUCAGUGCGACUCUGGAUGGGGCACCAAGACCUCGUCCACCUGCAUCAUAACAUCUUUGAAGCCAUCCUACAGCGGCGUGUACUGGUGUCAAUCCAAACAUGGAGACAGCAGCAACACCGCCAACAUCACCGUCAUCAGGAAGACUUCUCAAACCACAUCAAAGCACCAACCAGUGAUUCUGCAGAGUCCAGUCCUCCCUGUGAAGGAGGGACACCACGUCACUCUGAAAUGCAGAACAGGGACCUCUACCGUCUGGGCUACAUUUUACAGAGAUGGAGACCCCAUCACCACAGGACCUACAGAUCACAUGACCCUCACGAGUAUCUCUAGGUCAGAUGAAGGAGCCUACAAGUGUGUCAUGGGUGAUGUAGAGUCUCCAUCCAGCUGGCUGCUGAUCAGAGACGACUCCGAGGUGGCGUCUCUGACGCUGAAACCGGACGUAUCCCAGUUGCCCGAGUACAGCAGCCUGUCUCUGAGCUGUGGCCACAACAGCAGCGUUCAUGGAUGGAGAAUCGUGAGGUUCACCAACUACACCAAAAAAAUGUCUACCUGCGGACAGGACUGGGGGACUGUAAGGUCCGGCGACUGCUUCCUGGGAACAGUCAAGCAGCACGACAGCGCCGUCUACUGGUGUGAGACUCUGGCAAAGAGGCGGACCAACUCGGUCAACAUCUCUGUCUACGGAUUUAGAACACAACCGGUGAUCCUGCAGAGUCCAGUCCUCCCUGUGAUGGAGGGAGACAACGUCACUCUGAGCUGCAGGACGGAGACCCCCAACCUCUCAGCUCACUUCUACAGAGAUGACACUCUCCUCAGCUCUGAGCUUGCAGGUCACAUGACCCUCCAGCAUGUUUCCAGGUCUGAUGAAGGUCGCUACAGGUGUCACAUCAGUGGUCUCGGAAAGUCUCCACCCAGCUGGUUGUUUGUCAGAGCUCGAGAGGCCUCAGAUCCUCAGGCUGGUCCAACGAUGAGUCCUCUGAGGCUGAUCCGCCACAUCGUGGUGUCCUCUCCAUACAUCAUCUCCACGGCCCUCGUGGUGUCGCUGCUUCGAAACAGACCUGCAGGAAAGAAGCCAGCGGUUUCCAUGGCAACGUGUCCAGCACAAGAAGAAGAUGAGGGGUUGGACCAGGAUGAUGUCACCACUGAGCAUCAUUUCUAGAACCAUCCAUCAUCUUGGCCUACUUCUUCCGGUUCAGGGGACUUAUCCUAGCUGACUGUCCAUCACAGGACCACUUAGUGACUGACAACCACCCAAUCACCCCUACAGGGGAUUUCACAUUCAAAUUUCAACAUUCAUUUAUGAAAAUGCAGCUUCUCAAACUACAUUUGGACAGUUCUUCUAGAACAGGGGUCGGCAACCCAAAAUUUUGAAAGAGCCAUAUUGGACCAAAAACACAAAAAACAAAUAUGUCUGGAGGCGCAAAAAAUUUGAAUGAAGGCAACAUAUGCUGCAUGUAUCUAUAUUAGUCAUAACUAGGGGAAUUAUUAUGCACUUUGAGAAAAAGUCGAAAUGUCGGGAAAAAGUCGAAAUGUCAAGAAAAAAGUCAAAAUUCAGAGAAAAUAGUGGAAAUUCAGAAAAAAAAGUCGAAAUGUCGAGAUUAAUGUUGAAGUACAAUCUCAAGAAAAAAGUUGAAAUGUUGAGAAAAAAGUCGAA